UACCGGCUUGAUAUAGAUUUUGAGGAUGGUCUACUGUUUAUAAUCUUAUUCGAUUAAACUAAAUUGACCUUUGGCCAGUCACGUGAUCUGCAUGCAUAGAAAGACUGAAAAACAAGAUUUUUUCCUCAGCUCCCUGGAUUCUUCACAAAAACGGCAACAUGAAGUUUUUGGACCUUUUUGGGCGCCUGAAAUCUGUGGUUAUUGGAAUGAUUCACGUUAAAGCCUUACCAGGCACCCCCCUGGGUUGUAUGAAGAUGUCCCAGAUCACUGAAGAAGCAUGCAGGGAGGCAGCAAUCUACCGUGAUGCAGGGGUUGAUGGUGUAAUCAUUGAGAACAUGCACGACAUCCCUUACUCCUUCUCCGUGGGCCCUGAGGUGUGCACCUGUAUGACUGCAGUGUGCACUGCUGUGAGAAGCAUCUGUCCAUCCCUGCCACUCGGAGUGCAAAUACUUUCCUCUGCCAACCAGGAGGCGCUGGCUGUAGCUCUGGCUUCAGGUCUGGAUUUCAUCAGAGCUGAGGGCUUUGUCUUCUCUCACGUGGCUGAUGAGGGUUUCCUGAAUGCCUGCGCUGGGGGCUUGCUGAGAUAUCGCAAGCAGAUUGGAGCUGAGCAUGUGCAGAUCUUCACCGACAUUAAAAAGAAGCACAGCUCCCAUGCCCUGACAUCAGACGUAAGCAUUGAAGAGACGGCCCGUGCCGCUGAGUUCUUCCUCUCCGACGGACUCAUCAUCACAGGAACGGCCACUGGGGUGCAGGCUGACCCGUGGGAGCUCAGAGAGGUUUCCCAGUCUGUGAAGAUCCCAGUGCUCAUAGGUUCUGGAGUGACCUAUGACAACAUUGAACGCUACAUGGAUGCAAAUGGGAUGAUCAUCGGUUCGCAUUUCAAGGAGGGUGGCCACUGGGCCAAUGCAGUCGACCCGGAGCAAGUGAAGAGGUUCAUGGGAAAGAGACGUGACCUUCUAAAAUGAGAAACAAAAUGAGAGAAUGAUGUUCAAAGAGGCCAUAUAAUGCUUUUGGAGGCUUUCCCCUUGUAUUAUAUAGAUUUGUUGUGCACACCUUGUUUGUACUCAGCCUUUUUUUUAUAUAGGCUGAAUACAUGUAGGCUUCAUAUAGGCUAGGUCAUUGGUUUUCAAGCAGAGUGGGUUUUAGGGGGUCCGCAGCAUAAAGGGGAAUAGAAUAUUGUAACUUUUAUAGCAUUUUGUGGAAGUUCGAACAAAUGGGGAUGGCCAUUUUUAUUGAUUGUAAUUGAUCCUAGUUUGAUUGAAUAUGAAGACUUUAUAAUCUUGAAACCUAAAAAAAACAAAAAUACUCUGAGGGGAUCCCUUAAGUGUAUAACAUUUAGAAGAUCUGAACAUCUAUAUCUGUAAUAUAGAAUAUUCAUAGUUAUGUUUUCAUUAGUGUAUAAACACCUGGAAAUAAGAAUUACCAUAAGAGUUAGAAUUAGCUGUUUUUAAUUUACAGAAGUCACCUUUGAUGGAGGCUGCCAUGUUUCUACAGUAGCCCAGAAGGGACAAACACUUGCUCUAGAUUGGGCCGUCUGCAUUUUUUGCAGCCACCGUAUUUUCUCCUUCUGGCUUGUAAGAAGAGGGUGAAGCAACACUAAAUGCCGCUAAAUCCUACACACUGGUCCUUUAAGACAAAGCCCUCUCAAAUCUGGGGUCUGUGGUCUAAUGUGCAUCUAUAGUGGAGGCCCUUGACAUGAAAAGGUUUGGGAACCCCUGGGCUAGGUGACAGUCCCAUCCCCCUUGCUCAAGCUCAUGGUAGCUAACCAAUCAGGGCAGACUGGGCUUCUAAAGGCAGGGCCUUACAGAAAACAGUGUGUCAGACAGAGGGAGAAUAGAGGUGCUGCAGCAAGGCCACAGAGAGAAAGAAUGAAAUGAAGAAUGUGUUUUUUGAAUACUAAAGCAUGUAAAUCUAUUAUAAUAAAACCCCAACAUAAA